UUAUUUAAAAAAUUUUUUUAAAAACAAAGAUAUUUGAAAACUAAGUGGUACAAUUAACUUUUUGCGAUUGCCGUAUAAUAAAAUUCUGAUCUCCAUCAAAAGAGUUUUUGUCGUCUCUAAAGUUAUAAGAGUAAGGUGACAUGAAUUUUGAUUUUCAUCGAAUAAUGAUCUUCGCAAAUUGUACAUAAUCGAUUGAAUUGCUAAGAAUGCAACAAUUUGGACGACUUGGUUGAUGCUUCGAAAAUUCGUUGCAAGCUAUUGGAUUUUGAAUAUGUUAAAGAGCAAUACGAGUCCAAUCGCAAGGAGCUACUCAAUCGUUUAAUCGGCAGCGUACUACAGUAUCCAGAAACUUGCAAUGCUAAGCAAUUACAGGAAAUGUUUAUGAAAAUGCAAAUCUUCAUUAUAACCAAUUAUAGCAUAGGAUCGCCGAAAGAUCACGUGCUGCUAAAGAAAACCGAAGAGAGUUUGAACAGCAUUAUAGGCAAAAGGGAUCUAAAAAAUUAUAUAUUAAAAAAGAAAUACAAUCGUUUGGAAUAUUUGCAACGUUUGGGGGCCAUUGUAUGCGGUAUAUUAAUAUUCAACGAUCAUGCUUUUCAAGGCGAUCCGGAAUGUGUUCGAGACAUCUUCUCCGAUCUAGCGAUGGCUAAGAAGAAUGCCAAAGAAGCUAUCGAGGCAAGUAUAGACCGGGCGAUUAAAUUGAUAGCGAAAGGCAAUGAAUGCUUCGCGGCACUUAUCGUUCUCGAUGUCCACGAGCAAAAGGUUAAAAGCUUAUGGCCAAUUGCUAAAUUGCGGGACACCAACAAGUUCGUAAUGCUUUUCGAAAGCUAUAGGCGCUAUCUGAUCCAUUUGCAAACAAUAUUUAACAAGACUCAAUACUUAAUUGAAGUCAAUGAGAAGAAGUUCGACUGCGUUGUAAAUAAGAUAAAUGAAAUUUUAAAAUUUCGUUCUGCCGUCGAAUCCGAACUGAUAUUCCCGCAUUUUGUUUAUCUCUCCGAACUAUGGACAACGUUAGAAUUGCAUUUAGCUCAUAUAGCGGAAAUUAUUAAAAUUAAAGAUCAUUUGGAUGAAUUGGUUAGUGAAAAUUUAGAGCGCAAUUAUAUCGAGAAUUUGGAAGCGACAAUAAGAGAUAGUAAAAAUAUUAAAUACCCAAUCGAACCAACUUUCUCUGAGCUAAUGGAAUUAACAAAUAAAUGUGAAGGUCAAUUGAAUUUGAUGAAGUUGAAAAAUAGUUUGAAAGAUUUUUGCUCAUUGACUAUUGCCCUGACAAACGGUCUGCUGAUGCCAGCAUGCUUGCAGAAGAAAUUAUGCGAAAAUUCUGAUAUGCUUUUUGGUUUUGCGAAUAUUGAGAAUGCUAAAUAUGCCGAAAGGUAUUUCGCGGAAUUUUUAAAAACACUUAGAAAUGCUGUUUUUACUUCUACCGAUUUAAUUGUAUUAUCUGGUAUGGAUGAUGAAGUGUUAGAGCAAUAUGUGAAGCUAACUCACAAAGCUGAACCGAAAACUAAGACCUUUGAAACACAAACGGAAUUCGUUAUUGAAAAUGAUCUUUCCGUGCCAAAUCAAAUCAAUGUUACCUGGAAUGUUUGGGAUUUUCAUAGAGAAACAAUACGCCUGGCCAAUAUACGUCAGCGGCAGACACAUUCAACUCAGUCAAAUCUUUCAUAUGGUAAAAGAAACGCUCAAAAUCAAGCUUACCACACUCGGCAGCAUAAGGGUUUUUAAACACACGCACAAUUAUUGUGUAUAUAUUUA